AUGAAUUUAAACGAAAACAAGUUCAACUUAUUUUCAUUUACUCUUCUAGUUGCCAAUGGUAAUUCUGGAAGUAUUGGAAUACCUGGAACUCCAGGGAUAAAUUCACCCACUCCGAUUACUGGACAAACACCACCAACGUUAACUUAUCCCAUUGGAUUAGGAUCAGGAGGAGGAGGAAUAGGAUUGAAUAACAAUAUAAUCAACAACAACAACAAUAAUAACAAUCCAUUUACUCCUGGUCCACCAAGUAACUCCGUUAGUUUACCAACAACACCGGUCGCCUCUCCUUCACCGACACCGCGAUAUCCUCCUAAUCAUCCUUUAAGUGGAUCUAAACAUCUUUGCUCAAUUUGUGGUGAUCGUGCUUCUGGUAAACACUAUGGCGUUUACAGGUAAUAAUCAAUGAAAAGAAAACAAAGACAAACAAUCAAACCAAGAAAGAGAGAAAGAAAGAGAGAGAGAGAAAGAGAGAAAGACGAUAACGAUGACCAUUGGUCAUUCUGAAGUAAAUUAUAUCCACCGACAGAUCAUUUGGUAACGGUUCUAUGCAACAAUGACUCUAAAUUUAGUUUAAAAAGAAAACUUUUCAAAUAUCAAAUUAAAACAGUUAAACUUGAAGUAAAUGGAUCAUCAAGAAAAAGACACUGAUGAU